AUGUUGAAGCUUGAGCUGAUUAUACAUGUUCCAACCUUUGUAUAUCUUGCGAGAUAUCUAACGAGAUGUUAUUUUUAUAUUUUGCAGGGAGUCACAGAUAAACAAGUAAACGAUGCCCAACAAGCUUUCAACUUGUUUGACAAGAAGGGAGACGGCGCGGUACCCACUAAAGAGUUGAAUAAUGUGUUUAAAAGUCUCGCCCUGCAUGUUGCUGACCACAAACUGCAGUUGUGGGUUGAUGAAAUGGAUGAGGAAGCAACUGGUUUUAUCGGUUGGGAAAAAUUCUGCACCCUGUUCAAGCGAAAAGUGCAGGAAGAUGAAGACGAACGUGAAGUGCGGGAGGCAUUCCGUGUGCUGGACAAGAAUAACCAAGGAGUGAUUGAUGUUGAGGACCUGCGCUGGAUCUUGAAAUCUCUAGGGGAUGAUUUGAAUGAUGAAGAAAUCCAGGACAUGAUUAAUGAAACAGACACAGACGGCAGUGGUACUGUAGAUUAUGAAGAAUUCAAAACUCUGAUGACAUCAGAAUGAAGCAACCUGUUCAUCACCUGUCCACCCGUCCACCCGUCCACCCGUGUCUAAAUUGAAUUCCAUGUAUCUCGAAAGGACACUCAAAGACGUUAUUUUUCUUCUCCAGUUACUCAUAUUCUUUUAGUUCCUCUAUUCUUUCUACGUCUCCUUACACUUACUCUCUCAGUUUUUUUUUAUCUCUUUCACUUACGGCCUACUGACUAUCACACAUCUUUCUCUGAAGAUGACACACAACCCUUGGCACGUCGAUAUAUUGCUAAUAAUGCUAGUUAUAACCUUCGUAUAUAUCUUUCUCUAAUCGAUCGCACACUUACCUAUACCCAAUCCGUCCCCUACCCAUUCCUGCCAAUAGCAAACACAACAUCCAGUUAAUUUUACUUCUUAAUUAAUUUGUCUACUUAUUAUUUAUGCCAAACCUUUAAUUUUUGACAUGCUUCAUUCAACUAUGACUAAUACCACCACUACUACAUUACUCUACAACUAUUAUCACCACCACCGCUACUGCACAUCUCCAUUAUCACCACUGCUAUUACUAAACAAGGAGAUAAAAGAACAUUCAACCACCAUCACUACUGUCUAGGAUUUUUUAACAAUCUGUCCGCUGUAUUUCUUUUCCUUCAGUUUGUGUACUUAUGAAACAGUAAAGUUUGAUUGCUGCAAUGGGGAGGAAGAGUUUAUUGUCUAAGUCAAUUGUCUAAGCUUCGUGACAAUUGCUGGCACAUAAAAACAAUAAAAAAAUUCUUUGCAUACUGAGUUCAAAUGCAGUUGACGCCUGCUUUACUUUCAUCCUUAGGGCUUCAGUAAAAUAAGCACCAGUAAUAUGCUGUGGUACAUAUGAAAUUAAUUUACUCUACCCUUCUCGCUCAUUUGCCCAUGCCUUCAAUUAUGUUGAUUGUCAGACUUGUUAAUGUUGCACAAAAUAUCUUGCAGUAUGCCUUCCAGCUCUUUACAUUCUGAGUUCGAAUCCUGCUAUUCACCCUUUUGGAGUUAUAAAAAUGAAAUGCCAGUGAAGUACUGAGGUCGAUGUAGACGACUGCACCCCCCGCCCAACUCCUCCAAAUUUUUUUCUCUAAAACGAGAAAUAAUAAUUAUUAUUAUUGCUAUUAUUAUUGGUGGUAUUAAGGCAGUGAGCUGACAAAGUCAUCAGCACGCCGGGCAAAAUAUUUAGUGGUAUUUUGUCUGUCUUUACAUUCUGAGUUCAAAUUCAGCUGAUACCGACUUUGCCUUUUUUCCUUUCGGCGUCAAUGAGAUAAGUACCAGUUGAUUGCUGGGGUCGAUGUUAUCGACUAGCCCCCUACGCCAAAAUUUCAGGCCUUGUGUCUAUAGUAGAAAGGAUUAUUAUUGAUGGUAUUUCUUGUUAUACUGUUAUUGACGGUGGUGAGUGUGGGGGAGGGGUGAUGCUACUGGCUAUGGUACUGAUAGUAGCAGUGGUGGUGAUGGUAGUAGUGGUGGUGGCUGCUAAGUUUUUAUGUGGUGGAUGUAUAUUUGCUAUGUUUAUAAUUAUUGUUUUCGUUAUAAUUAAUAUUGUUGCUAUCAUUGUUAUUGUAAAUGUUAUUGAAGAACAGCAAGUCAGCUGAUGCAGCAGAACAUCAGACUAAAUGCUUUCGUCAACAAAUCUGAGUUCAAAUCCCACCAGGGUAGACUUUGCUUUCUCAUCCUUCCAGGAUCGAAAUUUUAAGUACAAUUCAUAUCUUGGUGGGAAUGACACUCUAACUAAAACUAAAUUCUCUCUCUCUCUCUCUCCCUCUCUCUCUCUCUUUCUCCCUCUCUCUCUCUCUCUCUUUCUGCUAAAUGUUCAGUUAUUGUGCUAAUGUUAUAUUAUUGUAUUAUUGUUGAUGUUAUUGUUCUUACUAGGGUAACGGAGAAUGGAAAGGAAGAAGUCAGAACUAUUUUAAUGAUACUAACGAGUUCAAUAAUACACUAACAUUAAAACAAAUUCACAACCAAUUUAGCAACAGGGAAAAUGUGUGCAAGUAACAUUCGGGGUUGUUACCAUUACAGCAGAACACGUGACUAUUAUACCACUUCCUCAUCUUUGUUACUUAGUCAAGAGAAAUAACCUUCAUUAUCACCACCAUCAGCAUCAUCAUCUUCAUCAACAGCAGCAUCGCUAUCAUCAAUGUUUUCGAUUAUUCUCUUUACUUAUCUCACAUGUACCAAAGUUUAAGCACAUCUAAACAUUAGCACAGAAGCAUGCGCGCGCAGCAUACACAUACACAUAAUGAUAAAAAUAAUAAUCAUUAUUGUUGUUGUUGUUAUAAUUAUUAGAAUUAGAAUUAUUAUUUUCGUUUUUUUUUUCAUGAUUAAUAUUUAACAUAUUUACAUUUCUUCAUUGCAGUUGUUUCGUCGUUGUUGUUGUUCUUAACAAUGUUCGCGUUAUUUAGUAUGCAACGAACUAUGGCAUAAUGUCUUUAUUUCUCAUUCUUUAUUUUUGUUUAACUCUCUCACUCUAUCCAUCUACAUGUUGCUUUCAGUCAAUGUGCAUAAAUACAAAUAUUACAUACAUGUGUGUGUGUGUGUGUGUGUGUGUGUGCAUAUGCAUGUUUAUAUAUGUAUGUGUGUGAUGUGCAUGCGCACGUGCAUCAGUAUAUGUCUAUAUAAAACUUGUAUAAUAACAAUAAUAAUAAUAAAAAUUAUAAUAAUAAUAAUGAUGACGAUGAUAUAAAUAAACGUAUUGUAUACAUAUAAAUAUACUUAUAUAUACAUAUGUAUACAUAUAAAUAUGCUUAUAUAUACAUAUGUAUACAUAUGAAUAUGCCUAUAUAUACAUGUAUAUAACAAUUAAAUCAAUAGCUAACUAGCCCAAUUGACUUGCUUCUUGUGUUUGUUUCUCC